AUGGGAAAGGAAGUCGUUAAGCCUGACCAAGACCAUGUGUCUGGCCAGUCCAAUAAGCCAUUGUCAAGGCCCGCGCAUGCCCUUACCUACCGUGAGGUCGCCGAGGAGCUCAACGCCGAUCCUUUGAAUGGCCUGUCUGCUGAUGAGGCUAGACGGCGGCUCGAGGAAUUUGGCAAGAAUGAUCUGGGCGAGGCCGAAGGUGUCCAACCCCUCAAGAUCGUUAUUGCUCAGAUAGCCAAUGCCAUGACCCUGGUCCUCAUCCUGGCAAUGGCCGUCAGUUUUGGUAUCGAAUCCUAUAUUGAGGGCGGUGUGAUCACCUUUGUGAUCCUCCUGAACGUCAUCGUUGGCUUCUUCCAGGAAUACUCUGCCGAGAAGACGAUGGACUCACUGCGCUCUCUCUCGUCACCUACUGCCAAUAUCGUACGCGGCGGCGAGUCUAUGGUUGUGCCCUCUGGCGAGAUCGUUCCUGGCGAUUUGGUCGAGAUCAAGACUGGUGAUACGAUUCCUGCCGACGUGAGGCUGAUUGAAACCGCCAACUUCGAGACCGAUGAGGCCCUUCUCACUGGCGAAUCGCUCCCUGUCAGAAAGAAGGAGUCUGAAGUCUUCGAAGACACUACUGGGCCAGGCGACCGGAUCAACGUUGCCUACAGCUCAUCCAAUGUGACAAAAGGCCGAGCAAAGGGCAUCGUCUUCGCAACCGGGGUGUACACCGAGAUUGGUGCCAUCGCUUCUGCCUUGAACAAGAAGGACUCCAAGGUUCGCCCUGUCAAGCGCAAGCCAGAUGGUUCUGCCAAGCCUCACCGGUAUCUCGAAGCAUACACCCUCACGCUUACCGAUGCUGUUGGUCGUUUUCUGGGCGUCAACGUUGGCACUCCUCUGCAAAAGAAGCUGUCGAAGCUUGCAAUCUUGCUCUUUGGAAUCGCCAUUGUCUGUGCGAUCAUUGUUCUCGGCGCCAACAAGUUCAACUCGCGGCAGGAGGUCAUUAUUUACGCUGUGGCGACCGGCCUGUCUAUGAUUCCUGCCAGCCUGGUUGUUGUUCUCACAAUUACUAUGGCGGCUGGUACCAAGCGAAUGGUCAAGCGGAAUGUGAUCGUUCGCAACCUCAAGUCGCUCGAGGCCCUCGGGGCCGUGACAGACAUCUGCUCUGAUAAAACGGGAACACUUACACAAGGAAAGAUGCUUGCCCGUGGUGCGUGGCUCCCGGGCUUCGGCACCCUGACCAUUGAGAACUCCUCGACUCCCUUCAAUCCGACAAUUGGCGACGUCCGCUACGACGAACGCUCCCCGCGCAAUCUCGACUUCAAGAAAGGUGGCGAGGCCUGUGGAAAGGUCCUGACGGUUGAGGAAUUAUUCCAACGAAGCCAGAGCAACCUCAAGGCGUUCCUGAACGUGGCUUCGCUGGCAAACCUGGCCACCAUUGUCGAAAAGGACGGGCAGUGGCACGCUCGCGGUGACCCGACCGAGAUUGCAAUUCAAGUAUUUGCUUCCCGGUUCAACUGGAACCGUCUGCGGCUGAGUGGCGACAAUGGCGAGUGGUCCGAGGUUGCCGAGCUCCCCUUCGACUCAGAUGUCAAACGCAUGUCUGUGAUCAUGAAGAAUGCUUCGGAUGAGUACUUUGUCUACACCAAGGGAGCCGUUGAGCGCGUGAUCCAGACCUGCACCCGUUACGCCCCUCAGGACUCGGACGAGUUGGUCGAAGUCACAGAGGACUUUAGAGAGGAGAUUCUUCAAAACAUGGCCGCUCUCGCCAGCAUGGGCCUGCGCGUACUCGCAUUGGCAAGCAAGCCCUACACCACCGGAAAGCCUGCAAAGGGCGACGAGGUGGACCGGGCCUCGGUCGAGUCAGAACUGGUGUUCCGGGGCCUGAUCGGUCUCUAUGACCCGCCUCGUCCCGAAUCCGCCGUCGCCGUGCACCAAUGCCACGAAGCCGGCAUCUCCGUGCACAUGUUGACCGGCGACCACCCCGAGACUGCCAAGGCUAUUGCUAUCGAGGUCGGAAUUCUUCCAACACAGAUGGAACGCGUGGCUCGUGACAUAGCUGAUGCCAUGGUCAUGACCGCCACCCAGUUCGACAGCCUAAGCGAUGAGGACGUCGACAAGCUGCCGGUGCUGCCGCUCGUCAUUGCCCGCUGCGCGCCGAGCACCAAGGUCCGCAUGAUCGAGGCCCUGCACAGGAGGAAGAAGUUUUGCGCAAUGACCGGAGACGGCGUGAACGACUCGCCUUCGCUUCGCCGUGCCGACGUGGGAAUAGCGAUGGGCCAGUCCGGCUCUGACGUCGCCAAGGACGCCUCCGAUAUUGUUCUGACGGACGACAACUUCGCGUCCAUUGUCUCUGCGAUCGAAGAAGGCCGUCGUAUUUUCGACAACAUCCAGAAGUUUGUCCUCCACGUCCUAGCCGAGAACAUCGCCCAGGCCGGCACGCUGCUCGUUGGUCUUGCCUUCAAAGACGCCCGCGGCCUCUCCGUCUUCCCGUUGGCCCCCGUGGAGAUCGUGUGGAUCAUCAUGGCAACAUCAGGGAUGCCUGAUAUGGGCCUAGGGUUCGAGCGUGCUGUGCCGGACAUUAUGCGCCGUCCACCCCAGUCCCUCAAGACCGGAAUCUUCACGCCCGAGUUCCUCGUCGACAUGGUCGUCUACGGCCUCUGGAUCGCCGCCCUGUGUCUUGGUAGCUUCACCCUGGUUGUUUAUGGGUUCGGGAAUGGUGAUCUAGGCUCUGGCUGCAACGAAAGCUACAGCGAUAGCUGUGACCUGGUGUUCCAUGCUCGAGCGACCACAUUUGCAUGCCUCACCUGGUUCGCUCUGUUCUUGGCCUGGGAGAUGGUCGACAUGCGCCGCUCCUUUUUCCGCAUGCAGCCAGGCUCCAAGAAGUAUCUCACCCAAUGGAUUUACGACGUCUGGCGCAAUCAAUUCUUGUUCUGGGCUAUCAUGGGAGGCUUUGUUACGUUGUUCCCCCUCCUCUAUAUCCCCGUCAUCAACACUGUUGUCUUCAAACACAAAGGUAUCACUUGGGAGUGGGGCAUUGUUUUCAUUGCUGCGGGACUGUUCUUUUGUGGGGUUGAGACCUGGAAGUGGGGGAAGAGAGUCUUUUUCCGUCGUCAGUCGCGGAAUCACUUGGGUGUUGCCUUCAAGGACAUGGACAUUGAGCAACGUGUCUUUGGCGAAUAUCUCAAAGGGGGCGACGACCACGACGACCGACGUCCGAUGCUGGUUGACGGGAAGAGGGAGGCUUAG